UAUGGAAUCGAGAUCGGCAAGACGCGUCGCAUCUAAUACCAUUGGAAUUACUGCAUUAAACGAAUAUGACGUGGACGACGAAGAAGAUUUUAUAAAAGUUUAUUUUGCGUCGGGUACUGUACUAAAACCAUCUGACAAACCGUAUGACCUGCGUUCGAAAAUCCACGAAGCAAACCAAGAAUUGGCAAAUUCCAGUGAUAGCAAAUUUGUCAACGCUCCCGGAAAAGUCAAGUUUGAUAACACUGUUGUGAUAUUGGACAGUUUUGAAGACAUUGGCACAGUGUCGAUUGGAACGGAAACACUUCAAGGUGCCGAAGUUAAUAUUUCCGAUUGUUCUAUUGAUGACCUAAAAGAUAAAGACAUUUUAGCCAAAAUUGAUUUGUUACGAGAUGAUGAUGCAGACGACCAAAACGACGUGGUAUGCAGUUCGACUACCGAUAGGACGCAAGACACUGACACAGACGACAAAGCCUAUUCAAGCACUUCAUUCAGCAGGAGUUUUUCGUCCGAAUCCGACGACCCGUUGUUCAUAAAUGUUAUAGAAUCUGGGGAUGAAUUCAAAACAAUAAUGGACCGGAACAACAAGACACGGCAAGGAUCGGCAAUUGACGAGCACGUGACGUAUUUCCCAGAAUUGUUCACCCACACGCAAUACAAAAUGUACGAAAACUGUGCGGAAAAAACAUUGGAAGAUGGUGACGUUAAUAUAUACGUGCCCAAGAAAUUGGACGCGGAGGAAUUAAGAAAUAAGCUGAAGGAAAUUACCGUAGAACAUAAACGGGUAAUGCAGGUAGCGGGGGUGGUCAAUGAAAAGAAAGUAGACUUUAAAUCCUCGAAAAAAGUCGGUUGUUUCGCAUCUUUGCGAAAUGCGCAAAAAAAAAUCAAGCAAAUAAAAACAUCCGAAAAAAAGGCGCAAUCGUCAUCUACUCAGAUAUGUGUACAGCAGAAAAUGACCCACAGCGACAAUGGUAACAGCAACAAAAACAAUAUUAAUAAUAAUAACAAGGCUCGCGUGACAUAUUACUUUGAAAUGGAUCCGAAAGGUAAGCUAAAACCAUUAAGCAAUAAAAAUAGUCGCCAUACAGUCGACGAAACGAGUUCUUCGAACAAUUGUAACGACAAAUCUGCGAAUAAGUUCUUUCAUAUAAAUCUGAGAGCGGCGAAAAACGGCGAGAACGCUAAGCCCCGGAUCACAAAGACACCGAACGCGGAUUUGUUUCUGGAAUUUCAGACGGACAAGUCUGGCAACAAUAAGGGGGCGAAGUUGGUUAUAAAAAAAAAACCCACAGCCGGGGUAGAGCUGCAACACAGUCCGACAAAUUAUAGCGGUGGAGGUACUGUCAAGAAAUUAUCGGCUGCUGGCUGCGGCGAACGUCCUCGGUUGCCAGGUUACAAUGGCCUUAGAUCUGAGUACGGGCUGUCGGCCGAACAGCUGUUAGAGAGGCGCAACACGAGAAUGGAACGCGAGAGACGAAGGAAAGAGUUAAGGCAAAAGAAACACGAAGAAGAACAAAAAAAGAAGGCGGAAAACGAAAAAAAUUUCUAUAAAUGGUUACAACAAAAAAAGCAGUUGAAAAAACACGCAAAAACCAUUAGACGUAGCUAUCCUAUGAACAAACUGACAGUGUCUUCCGCAAGGGUUUCCAUAAAUUCUACUCACGACGGUGAUGGACGCAAAGGAUCAUUUGCUCUGGAAGAGUUGUUAAAGAUCAAAGAUGAGAAUAGUGGAUGGUUUAAAUUUUAAAAAAAUA